CUUAAGAUGAGUCAUAUAGAUGACAAUGCCUGUUUUGACACCGACCAGGAGAACUUUGAAACUGAAAUGAGUGAGAAGGUGGAGGAUGAUUAUUACUCAGGGUUUUUGAAGCAUAAUUUGGGGCAAUGAGUGGCGCAUUCGAAGUAUCAUAGAAUUUGAAGAUUUUUCAUCACGAGUAAUACCUUUAGUUCGUCAGGGACUAUUGAUGAAAGUAUGAAUGAAAUAAAUCAAGGCUGGCCUAAUAAGGGUAAUAAUGAUACUGAAAGCGAUAAGAUUAUAUUUUGAACGCCUCGAUUGGCUUUUAUGCAACAGACACAAACAGUAAAACCAAAGGAUAAGAUGCUAGCAAAACUAGAUAGCCCUAAUGUCAAUACUGUACCAAAGAAAUACAGAAAGCUUGAAAACAAUGCACAAAAAUCUAAAGUUGCAGAAAAUUAUGGAGAAUUUAAGCACUGUUCGAAAUAAAUCACAAAAGACGAAGAGGUCUAAAAAUAAACAUAGCUUUACAGUAAAAAUUUCUUCACUUACUGAAGAAGAAACAGACACCCAUAUCACAGAUAGAUGUCCAGAUUCACUUAAAGAGAUGCAGAAAAAGCUCAGAAAAAGGAGCAAUAAUCUUGAUAAGCUUAUGCAAAAGCAUCGAAGAAUCAACUCUAUUCAUUGAAAAAGCUAUAAAUCUAGAAAAGGAACUUUAUAUCUUAAUAACAUUAUUCCAAAGAAGAAAACACUGAAAUUAAGAGCUCAGAGAGAUAUUUUUAUUAAGCAAAAGAUGGAGAGCCAUCUUAAGAAGCACAGAUCUGGUUCAAAAACCCCAAAAGUUCCUCUUCCAUUACAACUAGAUCAAAAUUUGAAGAGAGCUGGCAACCGCGGAAGCCAGUCAAGUCUGAACUCAAGUAUCGUAAAUUUUCAAAAAGCUGGCUUAUAUCUAAAGAAAUGAUCAAGCUCUGCCAAUACAAACAAGACUGCACAAACUAGAGAAACUCAAAAAACUUCUUCAGAUGGGUGAAGAUCUCAGAUGUACAUGAAAAGCUUAGAUUUUUACAAGUCUGAUUACAAGUUUAUUAAUAGCCAUGCUACUGGAGUAUUGCAUUUAGACUCUGCCAAUAAUGGCCCGAACGGUUAUAACUACUGAGCGUAGUUUUAAGAGAAGAAGCACUUUG